AUGGGUGGGCAUCAAAUGAAACUAUUCGACCUGCAGUCCUUUGCUACCUCAAAAUCUUCUUCCUCACGAUUUGAGGAGAAAACGGAUGAUGAAAUUGAUGCUGGCUUCGACUUCUUCCAGAAUGACGGGCCCCGCUCCUCGUCUGAAAUGGCGCAACUCCGGUGGAUGACCAAGGCCAUAAAAAAUCCGGGCUCACCAAUUUUCGGCUGGCCUACGGUAUUGGUCGAAAAGGCCUUGCGGAAGCUUGCGACCGAUGGUGCCCUUGCCAAGAAGGAGUACCAGUGGCCGAUCCCUCUCACUAGCAGAUAUUACCACCCAUGGGUUUUGGAGAUCCCGGAGAAGGUGUGGGACUUCGAUGUUUCUGCCUUCAUGUUGCUAGGUGAAGCAGGAGCUGGUAAAUCACCUCUGGGGCGUAGCAUUCUUAUGGCGCAGGUGCCCCAUAAUCAGACCCGCUUCAAGUGUAGGCAGCAGCCCUGCAUUCGUUGUACCCCGGAAAUCGACUUCUUGAGAGGCAGCGUGAUCAUGGGGGAUUCCUUAGAUGACACUCUGUGCCACUUGUCCAUGAAGAUGCUCAAGCCGAUCCUGGAUGUUGGGCUGUUUGAGGAUUCCUUGCCUAAGAUUGAAGACUUCAUCACCACGAUCCCAUAUGCGGAUUUUGUGAAGGUGAUCCAGCCAGCUUUCCAUUCGGACAUUACUAACGCGCAUCGCAACGCUAUCCUGAAGCGCAAGAAACUUUAUGGUGCCUUCAAGAAUGGUGUGCGCAUGCUCCCGGAGGACUUUCAAGUCGAGGUUCGCAAAGAGCAGGAGUGGGUGGGAAAGCUUGUCCAGAAACGCUUGGAUGAACGUCGGCCUGAUCAUCAAAUGCGUCUCAACGUCCGUGCAGCUCUCUUCCGUGAUUCGGCUCCUUCCCGUCCUGAGCCCAUCUCCUGCGGUAUCGAUCGGGAGAGUGUUCGCGUCGCACGGGAGCUGGCGGACAUGGUCUCCAACGCUAUGAAGAAGGCUCGCGCAUGGUCGACCGAGCUGAAGGAAAGCCACACCGUGAUCGAUCUGGACUCACCAUCUCGUCGCGAGCUCGAUGGACUGGAUGUCGGGGAGGAGCUUGAGGAUGAUGUCGAUCCCUUUGGCCACGGCUUCGAUCUGAACACACAGGCCAUGGCCGAGUGCAACUUCCUGAAUCGUGAGCAGUUCCUCUACACGGUUAAGCGCUGCAUCAUUGAAGAUGCUCAUCCUGAGUACCCCCGUGCCACCGUUCUCUUGGAACCUUCCGACCGAAGUCACAAGACGAUAGACGCAUGGAUUGACAGCUUCCAGAACGUGGUCUGUGACUGGGCAAAACUCCAAAUCACUCAUGGCUUCGAUGGUAAAUUCUUCAAGGCCUUGGAGAAACCCACUACCUCGACGACCAUAUCUCCCAAGAAGCGGCCCGCCUCUACUACCAAGAGACCUGCGUCAGCCUCAAAGACACCAGCUUCUCGCAAAAAGCCAGCCUCGUGCAUGAAGAAACCAUCCUCCGCAAUCUCAUCUAACAAGGCUCGUAUCUUCGUCGUGGACGAGAGCCACCUCAAUAAGCACAAUUGCAAGCUGGGCAAACUCUCCAAACAGGGCUGCCCGCAGAAGGAUCAGAUUUGGAUAUGGGGCGCCGUGCUCCAAGGUAAUAUGUCCACCCACUUCAUGUUCGAGAUCCUUAAGCAUCCGGCCGACGCCCUGGAUUGCAAACCCAGGGGCCACAAGGAGAUGCUUCAUAAUCUACGCUCCUUGGGGCUUCGGCGUCAUGAUAUCUUGGUGUCAGACAAGUGGAAAGCCACAGUGUCGUCUGCGGAGACUCUCAGUCGCGACAUGCCCUUCGAGCACCAAAUCGUUAACCACAGCGCCGGCGAGAUUGUGAUCUCUGAUGGCUACACCACGAAUCCCAUCGAGGCCAAAUGGUCCGUAAUGAAGAGGUGGGUUCGCAAGCGAAAUGGAGGCAAACUUCCCAGUCAUUCUGAUCGCCAGAAAUGGACCAAUGUCAUCUUUGAGUAUCAAGCUAGAUGUCUUCUUCGCGCACAACGUCCCGACAUCAUUGAUCACGGCCACUUUCAUGUUCUGAAUUUCCGCGAGGCGCUUAGGUUGUUUGCUGUUUCCUAG